UAUUUUAAAAAGGUUGUUUAGGGUAAAUCUACUAUUUUUGAAGCCUAAUUGUAGUGAUAUGCAAGUUCGGAGGGUUUAAUUUGAUGAAUGAGUGAGAGCGUGCACAGCUCUGAUAUAGCCAGUCGCAGCUGCUUUCUCUCUUGGGAGGGAUAAGGAAGUUCAAGGGAGAGUGGAGUUCAAUGUCAGUCGAGUGAGUGAGUCUGUAUAGCUACAUAGGGAAGAGUCAGUGAGUAGAGUGAAAGUUGAGCGUGAAUAAUCUGCUUCUGACUGCCCACCAUGGAAAGUUUCGACUUAGAGAAGAAAGAGAAGCGCUACUGUAUCCAGGGGAAACAUGCUGCAAUCAUCUGUGCCGUCGUCAUAGUGACAGGUGUUGCAGUGGGGCUCGGGGUGGGACUGAGCCAGAACACUUCCUCUCCAGAAGAGGAGACCAAGCCGACAGCAUCCCCAACAGCCGCCCCAACAGCCAUCCCAACAUCCACCCCGUCUCCAGACAGAGGUCCUUGCCAGCCUUCUGACAACACCAACGGUGGCUGGACCAACUUUCGUCUGCCUGACCACAUCAUACCGUUCCACUAUGACCUGCACAUGGAGCCUGACCUGGUCACGGACAUCUACACCGGCACUGUGGCUAUUCACUUGAAGUUGACCCAGCCCAGCACUCACCUGUGGCUGCACAUCCGGGAAACAUUCGUCACAGCGGUGCCCACUCUGCAGCUCAGCAGGGCAGAUGGAACCAGCACUGUUGGAGUGAAGGAGUGCUUUGAAUACACUCCACAGGAGUAUGUGGUGGUGGAGGCCGCAGAGGAACUGAAGGCCACGAUUGAUGAGGAAUACUACAUCCUCACACUGCACUUCCAGGGAUGGCUCAACGGCUCUCUGGUUGGCUUCUAUAUGACAACCUAUGAGGAGGAUGGCAUGAUCAGAAAAAUUGCAGCCACGGACCACGAACCCACCGACGCUCGUAAAUCUUUCCCCUGUUUUGAUGAGCCGAACAAAAAGGCCACGUACAAAAUCUCCAUCACCCACGACAAGACUUAUAACGCCCUCUCCAACAUGCCAGUAGAGAUUAUAGAGGAUGUGGAUGAUAAGAGGACAAAAACCUCUUUCAUAAACUCAGUCAAGAUGAGCACCUACUUAGUAUGUUUUGCAGUGCACCAGUUUACUUUUGAGGAGCGGAUGUCUGCAAGAGGAGUUCCUCUGAGGAUCUACGUCCAGCCUUCACAGAAACACACUGCUGUAUAUGCUGCAAACACCACCAAGAUCAUUUUUGACUAUUUUGAGCAAUACUUUGACAUGAAUUACUCCAUUGAUAAACUCGACCAGAUAGCAAUUCCAGACUUCGGCACAGGAGCCAUGGAGAACUGGGGGCUGAUCACCUACAGAGAGACCAACCUGCUGUAUGAUGAGGCAGAGUCUUCCUCAUACAACAAGCAGCGUGUAGCCAGUGUCAUCUCUCAUGAGCUUGUACACCAGUGGUUUGGGAAUAUUGUCACUAUGGACUGGUGGGAUGACUUGUGGCUGAAUGAAGGGUUUGCCAGCUUCUUUGAGUAUGUUGGUGUGGAGCAGGCUGAGCCCACCUGGGAAAUGCGUGACAUCAUGCUCCUUGAUGAUGUAUUUCCUGUCAUGGUUGAUGAUGCUCUCCUCUCUUCUCAUCCCAUCAUCGUGGACGUAUCUACGCCAGCUGAGAUUACUUCUGUGUUUGAUGCCAUCUCAUACAGCAAGGGAGCAUCUAUUUUGAGGAUGUUGGAGAGCUGGAUUGGUCGAGACAUGUUUAGAGACGGCUGCCGGAAAUAUCUGAAAGACCACACCUUCCAGAAUGCCAAGACAUCUGAUUUUUGGAAAGCCCAGGCUGAGGUAAGUGGAGUAAAUGUAGCGGACGUCAUGGACACAUGGACCAAACAGAUGGGUUACCCAGUGCUGGACCUUAUCAGCUCAAACACAGAGUCUAAACUCACCCAGCAGAGGUUUCUCCUCGACCCCAAUGCUGAUCCCUCCCAGCCCAGCAGUCCUCUGGGCUACAAAUGGACCAUUCCUGUACAGUGGCACUCACUGACCUCUAACAAGAGCAGCACCAUCAUGUUUAACAAUGCAGACUCAGAGAUACUUAUUGAUGGCUAUUCACCUUCUACUGAUGGACUGAUCAAAGUGAACAAAGAGCACAUGGGCUUUUACCGUGUCAAUCACGAUGACAACAUGUGGAAUGCCAUCAGCCAGCAGCUUCUAACAGACUACAGGGUGUUCGAUGCAGCAGAUAGAAGCGGUUAUGUUGAUGAUGUAUUUGCGUUGGCAAGGGCUGACAUUGUGAAUUAUGGGAAUGCAUUCAACUUAACCAAAUAUCUGGCCGAUGAGGAAAACUAUAUUGUGUGGUCCCGGGUCUCUUCCUCUAUAGCCUACGUGAGGGACAUGUUGGCAUCGGACUCUGAGCUCUACCCUAAAUUUCAGAAACUUUUCCGUGACCAUGUGCAGAGGAUCUCCAGAGAUCUGGGCUGGGAUGACACGGGCGACCAAAUAGAACGUCUGCUGAGGGAGACGGUUCUGGGCAUUGCCUGCCAGAUGGAAGAUACAGAGAUCCUUGAUAAUGCCUCCUCUAUUUUUAAACAGUGGAUUGAUGGAACACUCAGCAGUGUGCCGGUGAACCUGAGGCUGCUGGUGUAUAGAUACGGGAUGAAGAACGCAGGAACACCUGAGAGCUGGGAGAUUAUGUUCCAGAGGUACCUCAGUGCCCCACUGGCGCAGGAGAAAGACAAGCUGCUGUACGGCCUGGCCUCCAUAGAAGACGUCACACUCCUCAACAGGCUUUUGGAGGCGACUAAGGAUGAGAGCAUUAUACGGAGUCAGGAUGUGUUCACUCUUAUACGAUACGUGUCCUUCAACAAGUAUGGUCAAAGCAUGGCAUGGGAGUGGGUCACACUCAACUGGGACUACCUCGUGAACAGAUUUGGUAUCACUGACAGGAACCUGGGCCGUCUGCUUACCAGAAUCAGUACUACAUACAACACAGAGCUGCAGCUGUGGAAGAUGGAGCAUUUCUUUGCCCUGACCCCGAACGCUGGAGCGGGAGAGACGCCCAGAAAACAGGCUUUGGAGACAGUGAAGAACAAUAUUGAGUGGGUGAAGCGUAACCAAGAAGAGAUCCGGGUCUGGCUAGAGGCCAACGUGUCCUAAACACGUCAACAAACACGCUUCAUCAAAACACUCCCUUUGUCUCCUCGUACAUCAUGCCGUUUUUUCUCCACAACAUUUACCUUAAUGUGAAUACAAACUGAAAUCAUGAACCCGUACACUUAAUUCAUCAGGGCUAAUGGCACAACAAGCAUUCAUUACAGAGCUAACCGAAGUACAGCUGUGUAGUUUUUGAGAUUACAUAUGAAGCAUACUUGGACAUGAAUACUUGGAUGCUGAUAUAUAUAAAUUAUGCAAAAAGAACUGUACAUUUGUUAUUUAAGAUGCUGAAAAAUGUAUGUUAUAGAUGAAGUGUUCAGAAUGUUCAUGGUAAAAUGAUGAAGACGACUGCCGUUUUCAUUGCUCCAUCAGUUUUCAUAUACAGAGUAUUGACCUACUGAUUGUGUACAAAGAUUAAAGAAUGUCACUACAAA